GCCGGGCUGGGGGCGGCGGGGUCGCGCAGGGGUCGAGGCCGGGAGCCCCCGGCCCAGCCGUGGCGGUGCGCUGGCGCCCCGGAUGGGUGGGCGGCGCUCGGGCUUCCUGGGCCGCCGCGCCGCGCUCGCUCGGCCUCUCUCAGCCCCGCCUGCGACUCCGCCCCCGGCCCCCAGGUCACUCUUCGCUCCAAGUUUGUCGCCUCCUUCUCUCCCGGCUUCUGGGCCCCGCCGACCCCGACGCUGCCAGGUGGCCGCCCGCCUUCGCAGGUGUCGCGGCUCCUCCCCCGGCCCGCCCCGCCCCGCCCCGCCCGGGUGGCGGGAAGCAGCUUUGAGGAAGAUCAAGGCGUGCCUGGUACCGGGCUGUUCAGGAGCACUGGCUGACAGACAGAUGGAGAUGGUGAGGACAAGGGGGAGCCGGGACCCAGAGACCAUCGCAGCCUGAGCCCUUCCGCGCAGGAACCUCAAAGAGCCUUACCCUGUGCCUUUCGGACAAGGAACUAAGUAAAGGCCAGAAAGGAAAGCA